AUGACGAGCGCGACAAACCGCUGCGCGUGCGGGCACGUCGGGACGUCGUGCACCGAACACGCGCUCUCGUCGUUCUGGCGGUCGUUCGUGCUCGCGUACAUGGUCCGCGCCGGCGUCGCGGUGUUCUCGCGCGGGGUCGGAUUAGCGCGCAGCGGCCGACCGCGAGACGCGCUGAACAUCGAGCUCUUAUUCGGCGAGAAGCACACGUUCUAUCGCGAGGAAGCCGUGCGCCUCGGGAUGUUCUUGGGAUCGUUCACGGGCGGGUAUCACGCGGUGCGAUGCCAGCUGUCGCGACGGACCGGGAUGAGCCCGAAGCGCUUGGCGCUGCUCGCCGGCGGCGUCGGCGGCUUCGGGUCGAUUUUUUUAAAGAAGAACAAACGCCGCGCGUACGGCUUAUAUCUCAUGGCUCGGCUCGCGCAGAGCGGGUACGCGAACCAGAAGAAGAAAGGGCGGUUCCACUUCUGGGGAAGCCACUGGGACCACGGCGACGUGUUGCUCUUCGCGCUGUCGUCCGCGCAGGUGAUGUACUCGUACGUGAUGCGACCGGAGACGUUGGACCGGGGGUUUUGGAAUUUCAUCGUGAGAGCGGGGCCGAUCGGGAAGGAGACGCUCGCGGCGGUGCGCGAUAACUGCAACGGGAAGGCCGUGGACUUGACCGGGCUGCUCAUACCCGGCGCGACGUCCGCGGCGCUCGCCGCGGGGACGCUCUCCGGCGGGAUGUCGUCGAGCGUCUUCGUCCCGUGCGUCCCGUGCGCGGCGAUGCAUCGAAGCACCGGAUGCCCGUCCUGCGCGUCGCACGUCGCGCAGUCGUCGCUGGCGACGUUCCGGAAGUGCUUUCCGUUCUACCUGUCCAUACACCUCGUCCCGUACGCGAUAUUAAACGCGAGAAAGGCGCUCGCGUCGCCGUGGAAGACGGUCGCGAACGCCGCCGCGGCGACGGCGCGAAGCACGACGUUCAUCAGCGCGUUCGUCGGUCUGUACAUGUCCACGGUCUGCGCGAGUCGAAACGCGUUCGCGCGAGAUCACAGAGCGCUGUACUACGUCGCCGGCGUUGUCGCCGCGAGCGCGUUGUUCGUGGAGAAAAAGUCGCGCCGAGCCGAGCUGGCGUUGUACUUGAUGCCGCGCGCGGUGGACGCGUUCGUGAACACGGUGAACGCGAAGCGUCUGCUGCCCGCCGUGCCGCACGCGGAGCUCGCGCUGUUCGUCGCCGUGAGCGCGGGUCUGAUGCAUCUGUACGAGAACGAGCCGGACACGCUCGCGGGGUUUUUACGCGACACGAUAAGGAGGUUCGUGCAUCGUCCGAACGCGCCGCUGCCGAAGAGCGCGUCGGAGGCGGUGCUUCAGGCGUGCGACGACGACGACGGCGCGGAAGAUUGA